CCCCACAACUCGACCACCCGCACGCCCAUGGUGCGACAGGCACAACUUGAUCGAGAUGGCCGCCUUCGUGCGCGUUUCAGGCCCGGCAAAUGGGAACUUCCUGAUCGGAUACCCGGGCAUAUCUGCGACAAUGCCUCGAGUCGAAGGUAAAGUCGAGAUUCGACCCUGUGUCGGCAUUACCGCCCCGGUCAACGUUUCACUCGUCACAAUUUCUCUCCUCCGCCGCGAGACCAUUCACCCGUCAGCCGACUCCCUCACAAAGAAGCGCCUGGCACCUCCGCGGAAAGAGAUCACGGAUAUUGUAGGCAAGGAAAUGCUUCUGUUCCGAUGUCCGGCUGGCAGAGAAUACGAAGAAGUAAUAUCUAUGGAUUUACCCUUUGUGCUCUUUAUUCCUUUUGGUCGUGGUGGCCGUGAUGCCUCUCGGCGCGUACCCCCAGCCAGCGUACAACUUCCUAGUCGCACUGCCGAAACGUACUAUGAGAUGGUAGUCAUGGUCCAGCAAGGACAACAAGAACAGCGCAAAUAUACCUUCCCAGUUCCCAUCGCACGCUACGACACACUCUCCACAUUUGGCAUGUACAAUCGUCCAGAAUCCGCGGAACGGGUAUCAGAUCACUUGGUCACCUUGGCCAUUUCAUUACCACGCUGGUCGUAUGGUCCCCUCGAUCCCGUCAGCGUCUAUGUCAAAUUAUCACCAAACGAGAGUUGGAUGGGCAAGGCUCGCAAAGUGACCAUCAGCAAGAUCACUAUCGGAAUCGACGAAGAAAUCAUCUACAAUCACGAAGGCGACGAGCCCCAACGGAAAGUCAAAGUGCUGGCCAAAAAGACGGAAAACAUUGGUGUCAAAUUACCUCAAUCGGGUUAUCUCACAAACCUCGGCUUGGUGUUUCCCGCCAAGGAUCUUCGCGAUGCGGAGGGAAUCCUACCACGAAGUAGGACGGCAUUCCCAACAUACGGGGUGAGCGGCUUCACAACCACCGCAAGCCUAUAUAAAAUUGAAUACUAUCUCACUGUUCGCGCCCAUCUUACCUCUGCAAGAGACAUCACAAUACGACAACCAAUUGUAGUCUGCCCCCUCGACCACGCCGGCUGCAAAGAAGAAAUGGAAGCAAUCGAGCAAGCUGCCCGAGAUGCCGCCCACGUCAACCCAGACAACCCGAUGCUCCCUCUCCCCGCAAUCGUUCGACCUAACGACCACAACGCCCUAAGUCAUCUCGGAGUAGCCAUUGUCGGCAACCAGAAGAAACCGUUGAUCGAUUGA